GCCCCACGGAUAAACCGGUCACGCAAUAAAACAGGACAAAGCCGACGACUAAAAACACCACGCCUGGUUUUUUUUGUUCCGGAGAUUGGUGUUUUUCUCUGUAAUUUCUGAGCGCUCUGGUAUGGGAAAGAUUAGAUGAGGAAUCUCAAGGGGUGAAGAUAUUGAGGGAAAAAAAAUGGCUCUGUUUACUCUGCAACAGCGAUUGUGGAUGAAGGUUUCAAAGAUUGGGCAUGUGGCUUUGAUGGGUGGAAACCAUACCGCUGCAAGAUUUUGCUCCCGAUAACAAACACGAACAGAACAGUUUAUUUGUGUUUGAGCAGAUUCAAGAUUUAUUCGUUUGCUUCUUUAUUCUUUUUGAAAAGAUUCAAUAAUUUGUAUAGAAGGUGGAGGGAUUGGGCCUGAGAAAGGGGUACAAUAAAAUUUGCAGUGAGAUGGAGGGCAAGGAGAAUAAUAAGGGUCACAGGAGGAGUUUGCUGAUUCGGGUUCUGCUUUUUGCAAUGGCAUUUACGGUGCUGAGAUUUGUUUAUGUGAUGGUGGAAGAAGGGGCCUGCGAUGAGGGGCAGAGCUAUUGUUUUCUGGAUUUGAAUCCUCUGGGUUCUGGAAAAAAGCCCUCGAAAAUGCCUCGUCAGGCGUUCAAAUCUCAUGAAGUUUAUAUUCAGAUGCAGCUGAAUAAGACGGUGAAUCCAGAGCUGCAGAGGCUGUGGACGACAAAGGAAUGGAGACAAAAGGUAGAUGAGUUUUCUGUCUUCUUUCAGGGUUUCAUGGAGGAAGGUCUGCUUAAAUCUGAGGACAAGGCUCUGUGUGUCGGAGCAAAGGAAGGGCAACAGGUGCUUGCUUUGAGAGAAAUUGGGGUUUCUGACGCGGUGGGAAUCGAUACCGUGCCCUCUCUGCCCCUUGUAAUGGAGGGCGAUUUUCACAACCAGCCUUUUGAGGAUUUUACCUUUGAUUUUGUGUAUUCUGAUGUCUUUGACAGCUCUGCGAAAUUCGCCGAGGAAAUCUCUCGCAUUCUGAAACCAGGAGGCAUCGCGGUUCUCCGCAUGCACGAGAUGUAUAGUAUCGAUUCUUUCAUUCUUUCAUUUUUUAGCAAUUUUGGUAUUGUUCGUUCUGCAAAGUGGGAGGGAAAUGCUGAGAUUGUGCUUAAGAAAAAUGUAAAUACUGUUGAGUUUGUGGAAAGGGGAAAAUGUUCUGUGAGGGGAUGGAAAAAGACUGUAAUGGAGCAGGCAGAGCCGCUGAUUGAGACGGAACCAUUGAAGCCCUGGAUUACGCUCAAAACAAAUUUAAAGAACAUAAAGUAUCUUCCGACGGUUACAGAUAUUGGAAGCAGAAGGAAUUACCAUUAUGUUGAUGUUGGUGCACGGUCAUAUGGGUCCAGUAUCGGCAGCUGGUUCAAGAAAAGGUAUCCAAAGCAAAACAAGACUUUCAAUGUGUACGCAAUUGAAGCAGAUGAGUCCUUCUAUGGCGAUUAUCAGAAGAGAAAGGGGGUUAAGCUUCUGCCCUAUGCAGCCUGGGUCAGAAACGAGAGCCUGAGCUUUGAGAUCAACAGGGAUGCUGGCAGCACCAUUGAAGCUAAAGGAAUGGGCAGAAUCCAGCCCAGCAGCACCAACGAUACCAAAAUUGCAGGCAACAGAAGUGUUAAAACAGUCCAGGGUUUCGAUUUUGCGGAAUGGCUGAAAAACACAGUUUCUGCAGAUGAUUUUGUUGUAAUGAAGAUGGACGUGGAAGGCACCGAGUUCGAUCUGGUGCCGAGGCUGAUGGAAACAGGGGCUAUUUGCUUGAUUGACGAGCUGUUUCUCGAGUGCCAUUAUAAUCGAUGGCAGAAAUGUUGCCCUGAAAGGAGCCCCAAAUAUCAGAGAACUUAUGGGGAAUGUUUGGAUUUGUUUAAUUCGCUCCGGAGUAAUGGAGUCCUCGUACAUCAAUGGUGGUGACUGCUUACACACAGUACGUCAAACAGAGAAUGUGGCUGCUGAUUGAUUGCUACUAUUUGUUACGCAUAAACUCUCUCUUUCUCUUCAUACCUAGGCCUGAUGUUUUUUCUUGAUGGUACCUAAACGUCGACAUUUUGUUGGUCGAUAGCAAUUGUACUUGGACAUAAUGUCUCAAUUAAAAGUAGAAGAAAAUGUCGCUCUUGCUUACUUA